GCCUUGGAAUGUGUGAAAUUGAAACAAAAUAAAGCAAACAGAUACAAAUUUGUGGAAAAACUAUUGGUGCUUAAAUAAAAUAAAUUAAAUAUAUGUACAUAUAAUUCCGUAAUGGAAUCGAUAGCUGCGGCGACAUUUCUUGAGGAGGACGGCAACGCAUACGAGAAUGCUGACGCGAAAGUUGAAAGGAGAAGAUUGCGAGAUAUGUAUGAUCCAUUUCAGAUGAGUGACGAAUUAUUCAAAAAAAACUUUAGACUUAAUAAGGACGCUUUCAAGUAUGUCCUAGAUACUUUUGCGGAAGAAACUCAACAAAGUACUUUGACGUCGUUAUCUCCGCUUAAUCGCGUAGUGGCUGCUUUGAGAUUUUUUGCGGAAGGCAGUUACCAACAUGGAGUUGGUACUGAUUAUAACGUCGGAAUGGGUCAGUCAACUGUGUCAAAGUCACUGUCUCAUUUUCUCGAAGUCAUGCAAAGAAAGCUUUGCCGUGAGUGGAUCAAAUUUGACCAGAGUGAAGAGGAAAAAAUGCAAGCGGAGCAAGAGUUUUAUGCGAAGGCUAGUUUUCCAGGAGUAAUUAUAUGUGUUGAUGGUACCCACAUAAAAAUAGUGAAGCCAUCUGAAGAGGGGUUUCUAUAUUACAAUAGAAAAGGAUUUUAUAGCAUCAAUGCUAUUUUGUUUUAUCAAUUUAAUUUCACUUUUCAGGUGUGCGAUAACAGAAUGCGUAUAAAAAGCAUUGAUGCCAGGUAUCCUGGGUGCAAUCACGACUCGCAUGUAUGGGGCUUAAGCAAGCUUAAAUCGCAUAUGGAACGGCGAUAUCGGGAAGGUGAUGCGGGGUAUCCAUUGCAGCCUUGGCUAAUGACUCCGUAUCGAUCUGUAACUCAAGGCAGCCCGCAAAGUAAUUACAGCAUGCGGCACUCCACAACAAGAAAUAUAGUAGAGCGGACUAUUGGGGUAUUGAAGAACGGUUUCCGAUGCUUGUUAGGUGCUCGAGAACUACAUUACUCACCACACAAAGUCAGUCAAGUAAUAAACGUUGCCUGUGCCCUCCAAACCAUUUGCAUUUACUACAAAGUGGAAGAUUUGAACGCAAGUGAAUUUAAUUUUGAAAGCCGUCAGGAGGAGAAGGAAGAGCAAAGCAGUGACCCCGAUUAUACUUCCAUAGCAAAUCGUAUUCGAGACAAUAUACUCUCUACUUUUUAAUAUAUUUGAGAAACGAGUACAAU